GCUCUGUUUCUGCCAGCAGCACUGCUUCUCUUCUCCCUCCCUCCCUUCAGCCUCUCCACAUCCGUUCAAAUGUCGCCAUUGGCCCGCAGAGGCAUGCAGCUUGGAGGUCGACUCAUGCAUUGGAUUGCCAACCUCACCACUGCCAUACUCCUGACAUGCCUCGGUGCUUUCGCCGCAGCACUUGCAGCCACUGCUUUUGGUGCUCCCACCACCCUCCAGUCCAUCCCAGUGACCCUCCACUGGUCCUCCCUUCUCUCUCUGCUCGCUGUGCUGCCCUCCGCUCUCCUCUUUCGUUCCCACACGCACCUCUGGCGAUCCGUGCUGCUGCAGUUCAGAACAAUACUACGUUCCGUACCUCUGCUACUCACCUCUCUCCGUUCCGUACCUCUGCUACUCACUUCUCUCCGUUCCCUCUGCCCGUUCCAUAUGCCUCAUCGCUUCUCCCUUUCCCUCCUCCUCCCCAUUACCCUCCUCCCACUCCCCUCCUCCCCCCUCACCUCCUCUUCCUCCCCUCCUCCCCUUCCCCUCCUUCCCCUCCCCUCUUCCCCCUUCCCCUUCUCCCCCUCCCCUCCCUCCCCUCCCCUCUUCCCCCUCCACUCCUCCCCCUCCCCUCCUCCCCCUCGCCUCCUCCCCCUUCGCCUCCUCCCCCUUCCCCUCCUCCUCCCCUCCUCCUCCUCCACUCCUCCCCCUCCCCUCCUCCCCCUCCCCUCCUCCUCCUCCCCUCCUCCACACUCUUCACCCCAUCCCUCCCCUUCAGCCCAGCAUCACUGUCUGAGGCGUGUGUGGUGACGUCAGCACAUGGGGCCAUGGUGGGGGCGUGGAUAGGGGCAUGGCCCAUGCCCCUGGACUGGGAAAAGCCAUGGCAGGUGAGUUAUGGGGGGGAUUUAGUCGGGUCAGUUUUGAGUGUUCUAAAGAAUGUGCAUGGGUGCACGCUGGGGGCAUGGGUGGGGGCAUGGGUGGGGGCAUGGGUGGGGGCAUGGCCCAUGCCUCUGGACAGGGAAAAGCCAUGGCAGGUGGGUUAG